CUCUGCCGAACACGUAGCACCACCGCCGCGCCGCGGCCGCCACCGUAUCCGAUUCUAUAGUCACUGCGAGUCGUCGUUAUGGAACAUUAGAGCUUUGAGGAAAUUCGUUUAUAUUUAUUAUUUAUUUUAAUUUUACCUUCUGUCACUCUUACCAAUUCAAUAGACGGAUUCAAUAGAAAGAAGAAGUAUCUGCUACUCUUGAUGGUCUUAAUACUAAGCACGGUGUUCUUUGUGAUUCAAAUCAAUGUGCAACUAGAACGUGAAUCCAACUCCACAUUGAAUAUCGGUGAACUGAAAAUCCUUGGCAACUUAAGUGCGCUGUCGAGAGAAUUUGAAGGAUUUAUCUCCAAGCGGAUGGUUCUCCAUUCGUUCAAAAAUAAAAACAAGAAACUCAAGAAGACGAAGAAGAAAAGUGAUUUUUAUUUUUUUGAAAAAUACAUCAGUGACGGAAUUGGAGCGUUUCGUAAGCUGCCAGAUACGCGUGAUGAAGUAUGCAAGGAACGUAGAUUUAAUGUGCCAAAUAAAUCCAAAGUAUCUGCGAUAGUAGUGUUUAGGAAUGAACCGAGAUCAACGCUGAGGACUCCACGACGGAUUUUGGAGGAAAUUAUUGUUGUUGAUGAUUUUAGUGAUGAUACCCCCCCUUCAUGCGAUGCGAUGACCAAACAUUUUACUGUAUAUUACUUAUUUUUUCUCCAUCAUUUCAUUUCAGAAACAGCCCUUGCUGACCUGGUCAAGUUGCCCUUGGGGGCUUUUAUAAAACCUCACCGCAAUAGUCAGCACACGGGUCUGAUUGAAUCACGUAAUCUGGGGGCAGAACUAGCCACCGGUGAUUACAUUGUCUUCCUCGACAGUCAUUCCGAGGUAAAUGCCGGCUGGAUGGAACCAUUGUUGGACCGCCUCAGCUCGUACCCAGGCAUGGCCGUUAGUCCGGUAUUGGAUAGCAUUGAUGCGACAACAUUUCAAUACCGUACCAGUUAAGAGUAUCUCAAAGGCGGAUUCAUUUGGGAUUUACACUUUCGUUGGAUACCGGUGAGCGAGGAGCAACGCAGUCCAACGUUUGCCGGCGGAGUCUUCAUGAUAUCCCGAAAUUGGUUUUCCAAAUUGAAUGGAUUCAACCCCCUUCUGAAGGUUUGGGGUGGCGAGUCAAUUGGAAUGUCUAUAAAACUGUGGCUGUGUGGCGGACAAAUUGAGAUUGUGCCCUGUAGCUGGGUGGGUCAUGUGUUCCGGAAUAUCCAGAGCCCGCAUCAUCAGGCGCUGCCGGUGGAGGUUCCUAAUGGACAACAGCAGCAGCAGCAGGAUCUAAGAAAUCGUAAAGUCAUUGCCGACUCUUGGCUGGACGAGUAUAAAUACUUUUUCUCUGCUUCGAGGAGGCGGCCGCCUGGAACUGAUGGUGGAAAAUCCUAUGAGGAUCUCAAAAAAAACUUUAUCAACAGGACACGACAGCAAUUUGCGCCACCGCCGCCACCACCAUCACCGCCGAGACCAAUUCAAAGGAAAAAGCAGGAUUUACAGUGCCGCCCGUUUUCAUGGUUCUUGCAAACGGUUUUCCAGCAACUAAAACCUCGUAUUCAUCAUAUCAUCGGUGAUGGUGGUUCUACCUUUCAGAUUGCCAAACACAGAUUACAUUGCAUUUGGAAAAUUGAGCUCUGGACAAAAGUGCUUGAAAACUGGCAGUGUCCUUGCCCGGGCUGCUUCCGGAACUAUUGCAGAUGUUGUCCUGGAAAACUGAGUCAAAAAGAUGGCCGUCUGGUAUCCGAUACGGGGCAUUGUUUGAGUGUUCGUGUUCAUCACGUUAAAAAAUCCAAUGACAGUGAGUGGCUGAUGACAGAGUGGUCUGCAUCUGCUUCGGCGACAACGGUGGAGUUAGGAGAUUGUGACCAUUCAAAAGGAUGGACACGGUUAGGUGGCAAAUUAAUUCAUGAAAACACUCAACUGUGUCUAGAUAAUCCCUUUAGUGAGGUUGUAACAAUGCGUAAAUGUCGACGUGGAGCUCCAUCACAGUUGUUUAGAUUUUCCGUUGAACUGUAGCGGUGGUAGUUUGUUCUGCUGAACAAUAAAUGUCAUGAAGGCGUGAGUUGGGAUGAAUGGAAAAUAAGUGUAAACGUGAAGAUAGGACAUCAAAGAGGUUGCGUGUUUUUGUGUUUUAUGGUGACAAUACACAUUUUAAAGGCUUACAAAUGCUGCA